UUCUUCUUCCAUGUGGCUUCACAGAAUACAGUGAAUGCGGAAGUGUGUCAGGAGUCAGUCGCGCAGCAGAAACAAAGCAACAAGUUGAACUUUGUUAUUCUCCCAGCUGGAAACGUUCUCCCCCUGACAGCUGAAAGAUCCAUCAUGACGGAGGUUUACUCCCCCACCACGGCCCCAAACCCCAAGUCCUCCUGCUUCAGCGUCCCCUCAGACAACCUGGACAGAGUCCGCUUCGCUCUCAAAGUCCUGCAAGUGCUGCUGUCGUUGGUGGCCUUCGUGCUGGAGGAGGUGGUUUCCAGCUGCCUCAGUUGCUCCGCUCUUUAUUUCUUUGAGUUUGUGAGCUGCACGGCCUUCCUCUUCACGCUGCUGCUCGUCAUCCUCCUCUCCACGCCGCUGCACGGCCGCGUGGGAAUCAGCUGCUGGCCCAAACUGGACUUUGUGUACACCGCUGUCAUGGGUCUGCUCUUCCUCAUCGCCUCCAUCGUCUUCGCUGCAGACAACGGGGGCUCCAAGGAGGAGAUGACUGCUGUGGCGUUUGGUUUCCUGGCGACGAUGAUGUUUUUCUUAGACGUUGGAUAUUUCAUCAAGACUCGCGGCCUCCCCUCUAUGAGCGCUCCGGACACGAGUAACGGAGGCGUGGCUGCGCCGGCCGAGGUGGAGAAACUCAACGCGCCAGAAUAAGUCUCUGUGUGUUUUACUGUCAGUCACCAUUCCUUUAACAUGAGAGUCUUCAUCGGCUCAGAAACUACACACUGAAGAGACUUCACUUUUAUUACAUGUGUUAACAGAUUUCACAUCAUGGAGUCCUGCUGUGAACCCUGAGGUGUUCAGGACCUCAAAGUGUUAUGAUAGAAACUUACAGUAGGGUCUCCAGCUCAUAGAAACUGCCGGAUGCUGACCUGCAUAUAUUGGGACAUUUGCACAAUUAGCAUAAGUUGAGUUAAUUAGCAUUAUAGCCUAUGGGGACAAUAGUUUAAAAAAACUGAUUUGGACAAUUUCUGAGUGAUUUAGGGGAUGCUGAGUUCAUUUCUGACAUUUUCAAGAUCAUAAAUGCCUAUAUUUGUAGUCUCUGUGGACUGAUUUUGAUAGAUUUUGAAGGUUUAGGGAUUGCCAAUAAUUGCGUAAAUCAGCAUUAUAGCCUAUGUGGACAAUAUUUCAAAAAUGGCUGAUUUGGACAGUUUUGCUGUGGUUUUGGGGGUUAUUGAGGACGCUGAAUCAAUUAUCCAUCAGGAUCGUAAAUGGCAGUUAUUAAAUGGAAAAUGCCAAUAUUUGUACACUCAACUACUGAUUUGACCAAUUUUGGAACGAUUUGAUAGCUUUAGGGAACUCUGGAUUGGACAGAUUGCUUAUUUAUCUGAAAAUAAUUGUCCACAGUAGAGGUAAUAAUGUUCAUCUUGUGCUCUCUAUAUCCAAUGGUCCAACAUGGUAAUCAGCCCACAGAGAGUACAGAUAUGCCGCUUUCCGAAAUAGAUUCAGCUUCCUCAAUAACCCCCAAAACCACUCCUCAACUGCCCAAAUCAGCAAUUUUUUAACUAUUGUCCACAUAGGCUAUACUACUGCUAAUUAAUGCUAAUCAACCCAACUUAUGCUAAUUGCCCAAAUUAUGCAGGUUAGCAUCCGGCAGUUUCUAUGUGCUGGAGACCCUACGUUACAUUUCUAACAACAUGGGGUACUCAACAUUCCAGGGUUCACUAAGCUGGCAACUAGACUAUGAAUGUAUUAAGUUAGUAGAAAGCUAUAAUAUUAAGUUUAAAUACAAAAUAUCAGGUUCAACUUUAAUAUUAUUGCUUCCAACUAACCUAAUACAGUUAUGUGAAAUUUGAUGAAAUGAUACAUUCAAUUGAAGUUUGUUUUUUCAGUGCAGUGUAGAUAUACAAUGAGAAUCUGAAGUCCCAGGCGCCUCCGAUAACACAACAUGAAUAUAUAUCAGACAUGAAACCAACAAUGAAAGCAGUGCAGGAAGAAACAGUAGAAACGUGCAGGCGAGGCAGGAGAAGUUAAACAUGUUAAAUAGAAUAAGAUGACAGGAGGCUCCGACCUGACGUCCUGAACAUAAUAACCCUUUAAAUAAUCAAAUAAGUCACAGUUUUAAAACCAGCAGCUACAGACGCAGAUGUUCUCCUGUUUUUAUAAUAACUAUAUUUUUAAAGGAAGAACAGAACCACUAAAUAUUCUGCUUUUGAGUCAAAAUGUUAAACAAUCAAAUCAAUAUAUGCAUGUAUUGUGGUUGUUUUUAAAGAAAUUAUAAAUCAAAACAUUUAUCAUAAUUUUAACACAAAAUUAUUAUUUGACUUCCUCAAAGCCCAAAAAGACACAAGCAGCAGCUAGCAGAGCAACACCUAGCAGUUAGCAGAGCAACAGCUAUCAGCUAGCAGAGCAACAGCUAGCAGAGCAACAGCUAGCAGAGCAACAACUAGCAGAGCAACAACUAGCAGAGCAACAGUUUGCAGCUAGCAGAGCAACAGCUAUCAGCUAGCAGAGCAACAGCUAGCGGCUAGCAGAGCAACAGCUAUCAGCUAGCAGAGCAACAGCUAGCGGCUAGCAGAGCAACAGCUAGCAGAGCAACAGCUAGCAGCUACGAGAGCAACAGUUUGCAGCUAGCAGAGCAACAGCUAGCGGCUAGCAGAGCAACAGCUAGCAGAGCAACAGUUAGCAGCUACGAGAGCAACAGUUAGCGUCUAGCAGAGCAACAGCCUGCAGCUAGCAGAGCAACAGCUAGCAGAGCAACAGCUAGCAGCUACGAGAGCAACAGUUAGCGUCUAGCAGAGCAACAGCCUGCAGCUAGCAGAGCAACAGCUAGCAGCUAGCAGAGCAACAGCUAGCAGCUAGCAGAGCAACAGCUAGCAGCUACGAGAGCAACAGUUAGCGUCUAGCAGAGCAACAGCCUGCAGCUAGCAGAGCAACAGCUAGCAGCUACGAGAGCAACAGUUAGCGUCUAGCAGAGCAACAGCCUGCAGCUAGCAGAGCAACAGCCAGCAGAGCAACAGCCUGCAGCUAGCAGAGC